AUGAGGCGCAGAAGUCGCCUAGAUUCCGAGGUCGAUUGCACCAGAAAUGCCGGCCAAAACACGAAAAUCUUGAUACGAGAGAGGAAGGAGCUGCGAAGAUGGAAGACAUCUGUGGAAGUCCGUAGCCCGAAUCUCUUCAUUCCACCUCAAAUCGCCACCCACAUCGAAAAUAUGCCGUUCGCCAAAUUGGCAGUAACAAAGGAUGGAAGCCGUUUUGUGAUCCUCUGCGAUUCUCCAAAGAGACAGUUCGAGUUCUACUUCCUUGACGGGAAUACAAUCGAAUGUGAAUUCGAGAUCGAGAUCCCAAAAGAUGACUUUGCUUCAUAUUGCCAACUUAUGUUCACGGAAACGUCCCUCCUUGUGGCAACUAGAAGCUCGGGCUUUCUUGACGUCUUCGAUCAACAUGGCUUCCACUACUACACAAUUGGAUUGGAAGUAUCGCAAGGCAAUUUCGACAUGCGGUGUGCCGUUUGUGAUAUACAGUCGAUCGCCAUCGAUUCGGCAUUCGGAGGCGGUGAAGAUGAUUUUAAUGAAACACUCUAUGUGCUGCAAUACAAUGGGACUUUCUCAAUUUAUAAAUUGGGACGAAUGCACCCGUUCAAAGUUUGCUCCGUUUCGCUCGACAUUGGAUUGUGUGGAAGCUUUAAAGUCCUCAACGGUGGAAAUUUGCUGCUAGUCUCUUCACACUAUCGGCAAACAGACCAAAAACCAAUCGCUGGGCUGAAUGUUUUUCGGUUGAUUGACGGCGAGCCAUUCGUGGAAGGGGUCAAAGUUACUGACAACAAAAGCUCUUGGUCUUCAGUUUUGGCUAGAUUUCCAUUUUCUAUGGGGAACUACAAUUAUCUCUGCUCGCUGGCCGUUAACGAAAAAGAAACGCAUAUGUGUGCGGUGUCCACAAAUGGUGACGUCUUCAUGUUUGAGUUACCCUCGGCUCGGCUGUCAUUUAGCAUUCCAUUCAUCAGUGGCUCUUGCCCGCGCCAAGUUGAAUUCACCGAUGAGAAGGAAAUAUGUGUUUUAUUUUCUUGCGGAUCGCUUCUUCGAACUUCCGUUGAUGAUCUUUUUGAACAAAUGCAUUCUUUUAAAAAGGAAGAGACUAGAGAAGAUGACAAAUAUGCGCCUCGUACCUGGAUGCUUGCGCCAAGAAAUCGACACCUGUUUGCAUUGGAAAAUGAGGGAUUUGUUCAUACUGUAGAAGAGGCUUCAAAGAAGCGGAUCUCCAUGGCGUUUUAUCGGCUGAUGGAUAGUUCCUGGCGAUACUUCAAGACAUUGAUGGGAAUGGCGAUCGGAGACUCAUCUACCUCUUUAGCCAGAGUAACACACAUCGAAAUGAUGGAGUUUAUCCUCUCUCACACGCCUACGAUAACUUUGCAAGAGCUAUUCGAACGAACGCUGAACGAACGGGACUAUUCUCGUGCGCUAAGCCUUGCCAGCACAUAUACGACAAUAGACCCGGAUGUUGUGCUGAAGAAUCAAUGGAAAGACGCGUGUCGACAAGGCGUCGUCACCAGCGAACUGGUCGAACAGAUCCUGGGCCAACUCUUUGACGUUGAAUUUCGAGCUGAAGCCUGCUGGGCGAGUAAGGGCGUUGAUCGCGACGUCCAGGAGGCACUCGUGGCAAUGGGUCUCGAAAUGGCCGAUGAGGCACCGCUAGAGUCAUAUAUUCGAAUUGUCCAUGUCGCUCGUCUGCUGCAUAGCAUUGAAGAUUAUGAGCUCUUCCUCGAGAUGCGUGAGAAACCUUUUAUAGAAGUGGCAGGAAAUUUGGCCGAGCGCGCUGAAUUGCCGACGUUGCAAAAACUCGUCGCAGCCAACUUCGACUUUUUGGGCCCUCGAUUGUUAUCUAUUUUGGAGCGAAUCCCGAAUUGCAUUGAGCCGCGAGAAUUCGCUGAAUUUCUACCCACAUGGGCUGGAAAUGACGUGAAAUUCGAAACCGAACCUGGCGAGGAAGCUAUAAUUCUGAAAAAGCUUGCUGGAGACCCUAACGCCGAGCCGUUCCUCGAUCAGGUCAACACGGGAUGCAAUGGCGAGCGUUUCGAGAAGCAAUCCGGAUCGCAAGAUUUCACUCCGUGGCUUCGGAAACGGGCGCGGCUUAUCGAUGACGAUGUUGGAUUGCCUCAUCUGGUGGUUCAACUAUACGAGCUAGCCAUCGAAAAUGGAUUCACGGAUUCUGAUAUUCGUUCUGAGCUUACCAAAUGGAAGCAAUAUCAAAAGUAUAUGGAUCACUGUGGCCUGGUGAUGAGCAGCAUGGACGCUUUCUUGAAGCUUGACAUUAACGCGCUAGUUUUGAAAUAUUCAAAGUUGUCGGAUCACGAACUCUCAACGAUCAUUGGUUCGGUGUUGGAAAUUCUGGAAUGGAAAGCUGCUAGUGACGGAUCGCACGCUACGGGAUUGCUGCUCUCGACUGUCUUCCCCUUGCUCCUUUGCUACGCCGAUAAUGGUUGUGAGACCCUGCUUGAACUACACAAGCUCCGCCCAGAAUUUCUGGACCGCGAAUCGAUGAUCAAAUAUUUGCAAGAAUCACAAUUGAAGGGUGAUGAGCUGGUGGAUGUCUUGGAAAAGCUCGGCUUUGAGGAUCAAAUUCUCGAGCUGUUCUCCACCCUGAAUAAUUAUGGCUUGGAGUUAAAAUUUUCGAUGGUCUACGAGGCUUUCGAGAAUCACCAGUCGGCGCUAGGCAUUUUUUUAAAAGUCGCGAAUAAAGGUGCCGCAAAAUGUGAAAGUUCGAAUGAUUGGCGGGAAUUGAGGGACGAUGUCCUUUCGCUGCAACAACGCCAUUUCCCGAACACGUCGACCCGGAAAGAGGCCCUAGAAGCGGUCGUCCGCGAAUUUUUAGUACCGGAAGUGAACUGCACACAACCUGAAAGACUGGAAUUGUUCUUGACGCUGUCACGGGGCGAACCAUCACAAGACGUGCUCGCAGGAAAGAAGUUUGACUUGAAGCAAUCGAUUGAGCUUCUCCUGCAAAAAUGUGAUGAAUGUGUGCAGCAGGCUACCGAGCGAACGGAUCCCCUCUUGUCACAAGCCAAAUGCCUCGCCCAAUACGUCGAAAAAGUUUCUAAAGAUGCGGCUGAUGUCUUGAAACAGCUGCAGAUUAUCGAUCUGGCGCUCGAUCUCGGCUUCAAGCAAAUCCCCGUAGUGAUUCGAUACACAGGGGCACAAGCCCUACUCGAUGACAUUGUUGUUAUAGAACGAAAUUAUAAGCAGGGAAAGAAAAUCGCAAAAUUAGCCGUACUCCUCGGCAUCGACACUCCGGUCGCCACCGCGCUCUCGAUGUGCGCCCUGGAGGCGUUGAGACGGCGCGACGAAGAAGCAGUACAAAAAUAUUUGCUCGAAGUCAUGGCAAAAGCACGCGGAAUCGAGAAGGUCCAUCAGCUCUGCGUGCAAUUAAUUCAAACGCCAUUCCUGAAAAAGAUCCGCGACGACAUCUAUGCGUGUGCGCUUCUGAAUGCUCCCGUUGAUGAAUUGUGCACGACGAUGGAUUUGAUAAGUGAGAUUCAACGGCAAACAAGUGAUGAGCCAAGAAAAACACCACCACGAUCAGCAUCUUCUUACCUAGCGAUGGAUCCCAUGUAUUCAAUGGCAAGGCGAAACCCCUUUUCUUAUUCCAAGCUUCAGACAAAAUAUUUCAACGACAUACCGGACAAGGAGGUGAAAGAUGAAGAUCUGACCGACAUGUGCCUAAGGCUUGGCCCGCCGGAAACGGUCAAAGUGUUGGCACAUUGCAGCGCUUCGCAUUCACUUGGGUUGGCGAUGGCGUUGUCAGCUGAAGCGGAAUCGACGAGUUGGACCACCAACGACUACCUAAUUUCCUAUGAAGAAGCCCUGCGGUUUCACGCCGAGAAAUUGACCCCGGCCGUGGUCGAACAAGUGCCGCCCAAGGUGUUGAUUCAACGACGGAUAAUAAAUGACGAAAAAUCCGGGGCGUUGGAUCGAUUGAUGAUACAUGGGUGCGAUCGUGAGCGUUUCAUUGAAGAUGCUGUCUACCGCAAGGAAUCGGUCGUCGGAAUCGCUAUGACUUCCGAUGAACAGGCAUUCAACGAUGCUAUCGAGCUGGCCGAGAAUUUCCGCAUUGACUUGUAUGAUGUGCAUUUUGCCAGCCUCGAAAACGCUAUCACCAGUCUGCCUCCGGCUGAAGCUUCAAAGCUGAUCAAAACCCGCGGACAUCUCCCAGUUCUACACCAACAACUAGAAAAAUUCCAAAGCGAAAUGAGAUCAACUGUCUUGCCCCUAGCUGAGGAAAACGAUCCGUUCCGAUUGUAUCUUUUUGCCUUCCCGGAAACGGCUCCCGAGCGAAUGUCAAUCCCGGCCCUCAAAAAGCUACUGGAAUUCGCGGACAAAUGUCACUUCCGGUUAAUCCUGAAGAGGGCGUACAACGAGACAUCCUAUCUCUCGCAAUCGCUUGCCAAUUUCUCGGACAGUCAACUGAAUCAACUGGCUCCGUUGCUAAAAUUAUUGCCGAAAGGCCCGCAAGCUGUCGAUUCCUUGGUGCGUUUUCUAAUCGACGGUACCGAGCUGCGGCCGCCGGCGAGUCUGCUGACGCUUUGGAAAUUGCUCGGAGAAAGCGAAGAAGCCUUUCUUGAUGUCGUGGCUAUCAAAUCGAGAGAAGACGAAAUACAGUUCCUGGCAUCCAGUCCGAUCGACACGUUCCCAGCUGAGUUGCAGAGUGUGAUCAAGAAACGGCUGGAAGAUCUGACCGGUCACGAAGAAACGCCGGAGCCCGAGGAACAGUCGUCCUCCUGGGACUGGGGCUUAUCUGCAUCGAAAUCUGAAGGGCUCUUGAACCGUCGAAGACAC